AGACUACAUAACAUAAAUAUAUUUUUAAAUUUUCUUUGUGAAAAUCAUUAUGUUGUUUGAUUGUUGUACUUGAUUCACAUAUUUGCAUAGAUAUUUGUGAUAGAUGAAUAACUAUAUUUUUAUUAUCAGUAAAUAAUAUAUAUUUAUUAUAUAACACGAAACCCAAUAUUUAGAAACCCGCAAAAACCCACAAAAACCCACUAAAACCCAGAAUCCGAUACCGGUUGGACCAAUAAAUAACUUUUACUUUUUUUUUAGUUUUUAAAUUAUGUUUUAUAUUCUAAGUUUCCAAUUAAGAAGUUAGGUGCUGACGAAAAAAGUUAGAUUUUCCUUUUCGGUUUUAUAUUUUUGAUUUUUAAAUUUUGAUCAAGAUUUCAUUAUGCCACCAGAAGAAAAUGAAAUGAACGAUGGUAGAGAGAACCAAAAUUAGUUGAUGUGAUUUGGUGUUAGUUUAUUUCUGUUAUUGACAAUUUAUUACAAUGAUCUUUUAUUUUUAGUUUAUUUUGAAUUUGAAGUUUUAUUUAUUAUUCACAUUAGACAUUAAGAUUUUCAAUCUCAAGUUCCAACUUUUUAAGAUCUUCAUUCAAAAUAUUUUUUUUUUCUUUUAAAAGUUUAAAGACUGAAUGAUUAUAUUCACUUAUUUAAAUAUUUAUGAAUAUUAUAUAUAUAUUCAUAAAUAUUUUUAAAUACUUUUUAAACAUAAAAUGUAUACAUAUCCAAAGUUUAGUUUUUAUAUAUUUAUAGCUAAUAUAUUAUUAUUUAAUAAAAUUAAUUUAUUUAUUAACCCGCGGUUCAUCCCCGGUCGAUCCAGUGACCCAGUGAGCCGGUAAGUCGUCCGGUUUGGUGUCCGGGUCGGGUUUAAAAACAUUGGUAAAUGUACAUAAGAGUAUGAUUACAUAUUUAGUGAUUCUUGUAUAUGUGUCCAAGAAAGUUUCAAUGGCUUAGUGGUAUCUGCCCUAUAUUUAUGUCAUACUAACCCGGGUUCGAUCCUUUCCUUUGUAAUGUUUUUUCAUUUUUUACGAAAAAAUAAAUGAGAUGACGUGGCAACUUCGGACUCUCUGAUUGGACGAUUUUUUGUGCUUAUGUGGACACUCUAAGAGGAGUUUAUAUCCCCCUUUUAGUAUAGUAUAGAUGAAUAAUGAUUACAAAAGAUAAGUUAGUAAUAUGAUCCGGUCCAGAGAGGACGUGCAAGACGUGAAGACAACGCUUGAGACUUCCUAUGAUUGGUUAUUAUAUUAAAUUAAAAGUAAAAUAAGCGAAUGUAAAUGAACGAGGACUCGAAGAAGUGUGAGAAUGGGAACAAAGUGAUGGAAGAAGACAAUGUAAAUGAGGAGAAAAUGGUUGUUAAGAAGAGUGUUGGAAGCGAAGGGAGCUUUUUCGAUUGCUAUAUAUGCAUGGACCUGUCCAAAGAUCAGGUAGUCACUAACUGUGGCCAUCUUGACUGUUUGUCUCGCCUUUACCGCUGGGUAGAGGUUUCAGAGGAAAAGGAGUUUCCGGUUUGCAAAGGGGGAGGCAAAGGAGUUUCCGGUUUAUUAUUAGUAAUGAAAUCCCCUAUAUAUUAAAAGAGAAUUACAACAUUUGAAUCAUACACGUGUCAUCAUGAAAAUGAUUUUCGAGUCUUUAAAAAAUUAAAUGGGUCUAUCUAAAUAUAAACUAUAGUUUUCAUUAAACUGAUCACAAAAUCAUUUAUUAGUAUUAAAAGUUAUUCUUCAUUCUUUCCUUAAAUAAAGCUACAUAAUUACCUAAUGCUAUUAAAAUAUAUAUAUAGCAAUUAAUGAUUUUCAAUAACAAAGAUUUGCUAACAAUUUGUAUACACUCAAUCAUUUUUGUUUAAAUCUUUUUUAUUAAAACAUAUUACACAAUUUCAUUAACCAUAUAAUAAAAAAUUAGAUUUUUUUCGUAUAUGUUGUAUUUUGAAUUUUAAAAAAAAAUAUAAAUUACUAAACUGUUAAAAGUCUCAAACAAAAUUUUAUUAUCAAUGAUUUAAAUUUUUGGUAUAAUAAGAUAUAAAUAGUUAUAAACUACAUGAGUAAGAAGUCUUAUUUAAUAAGUGUUAUUAUUAAUAUAUAUAUAUACAUCAUUUAAUUAAACUACAUAUCAUAUAAAAUACAAAUUAUAAAUUGAUAUAUGCAUUGAACAAAUAUUGAGAACUUAACUAAUAUUUUAAUUUUGCAUUCAAUUAAAAAUAUUUAUAAAUUACUAAAACUAUUAGACAUCUCAAAUUAAAAAGUUAUUAAUGGUUUAAAUUUUUGCUAUAAGAUGACAAGAAUCAUAAAACCAUAUGAUUAAAACCUUUGUUUAAUGAACAACUUUACUAAAAAUAUAUUUCAUAUCUAUGUUAAUAUCAUUUAAAUUUAAUUAUAUUAUAUAAAAUGGAUAAAAUUGAUUUUUUAUUUAUUUACCAUAAAAUUAUCGUUAAUAAACAAUAGUCAUUGUUUGAUUUAUAUGCGCAAGCCAAUUUAAUUAUAUAUGUAAUAUUACCGAUUUUUCAAUAUUUCAAUAUAUAUUUAUUAUUUUAUUAUUUUAUAAUAUUUAAAAAACAUAAAAUAAAUAAUAAUAUAUAAAUUAUUAUUUAUAUAUAAAAUGUUUAUCCCGCGCAUUAUGCAGAUCUUAGCCUAGUUUACAUUAUUAGCAAAAACAAAAAAAAAAACAAAAUAACAAAAAACAAACAAGUGAAAAGGGCUGUCUUCAAGGAUGCCUUCUGCGGAGGUGUACUUAGGCGCUAGCCGUGUUCCCUCCGGAGUGUCCGGAUUACCUAGAUUAUCAAAAAAAAAAAAAAAAAAAACAAAACAGUUUCAAAAAUCAUUACUCGUUUUUGAAAGGUAAUAGUAAUUUGAAGAAAAAAUAUACCCGUUAGGGACAGCUUGUUUUCAAAUGUAUUUAAACCAAACCAGAGGAGAGCCUCGCGUGUGUGUCUCUAAAGUCUCAACGUCUCUCUCUCACAUAACACCAAGCGAUUAGAGUAAACAUAUAUCAAAGGUAAAAAUCUCGAUGAACCACCGAUUGCUCUUUUACUAGGAUCAUAGGAUCGUAGAGAACUAGGUUCGAUGAGUUUAUGGAAAGCUAGGAAUGAAAUUAGGGUUUAGUUCGAAUCGGUUUAUUUUUUUUGGUUAGACCCAAAAAGAUCAAUUGAUUCUAACCGUCUAGUUAACCAAUUUGCAGAAGCGGAGAUGGCGGAAGGGCGCGAUAGACUCGAACGACAAAUUGAUUUUGCAUCAUUGUUUCUCAACAGACAGCGCGGAAGGAUCUUCGUUGACGAUGAAACUACAUGGACUGUGCAAGCAAGAGGUGGUAUUUGGCGGCGUGGAAGGCCUCGUCCUCGUACUCGUACUCGUCCUCGUGCUUCACCUUCAAGGAGGGCCCUCGCUGAUAUCACUGAUGUGAAUAGGGUGGGUACUGAGAGAAGGAGAGCAGUGGUUGGCCCAAGGCCCCUCCUUGAUACUGCUGUUGUUAGGGCGGGUACUGAGAGAAGGAGAGCAGUUGACCGUGUACCACUGGCUCAGCUCGAGCUCAGGUAUUCUGUGGCCAGUGCUGUUGCAUCCGCUGGAGUCAACCACCCCUCUUCCAUCGCUUGGGUUCAGCAGAAGUUGCUCUCACUCAAAGAGGAAUUAUCUGAUGGAGAGGAGGCCCUCACUCCAGAGCUCCUCAACUAUAUAGAUCAAGUGGGGAUUUAUCUGACGGAAGAGCUUGAGAAGCUGAAAAGCACACCAAGUGCGCAGAGAGCUGAGAGGGAGAGGAGGAUUCGAACAUUGAUGUCCAUGAGGUGACCGUUUGGGAACUCUUCACACUCUGAAAAGUAGGGAUCAUAGGCGUAAAAAAAAGUUGACGAUGAUACAAAGAGGGACGAGUGGAUAUCAUAUCACGGAGAGUACAUACUCCACGUUAUUACCAAUGUUUGUGUUUUAGGCUUGAGAGUUAAGAUUACAUUUGCUUACUUUCUUUUUUCACUAUUUGUGAAAUUUGAAGAUUCUUUUGAUACUAGUUGUUUUCUUUUGUACCUUUGGCAUGGCCUGUGUAGUAGCGCUAUUGAUUAGAAAAUUAUUUGACAACCCAUCAGUUUCACUUCCUCUAAUCUCUUCUUCUUUGAACCGCUUCCUAAUUCACAUUCCAAAACCGAAUUUGACCAAAGUAGUUUUAAUUGUUGUUGUUUCCCAGCAACAUUUUGCUCUUAGCCUACUCAUUCUGUUCCACUAUGCUUGUUUUUAGCUUCCAAGAUUUUCUCAACGUGAUUGGAAUUGUUUCACAGACCGUGAUCAAGUAUAGCCUACAAAAAAAACAACACUAAUUAAUUAUCCAACAGUGCCAUACGUGAGGAAAAGGGAAGUGUCUUUGCUACUUUUCUAACGUCUUUGGUUCCAAUUCACCUGAAACUAUUCAAACCAACAAGAUAUACUACUGCAUAUUCAGAAUACAAGAACAAAGACCAUUUUCAAGCUUUUGUGUGCAAAUUGUAAAUGCAUCACAUCAAACAAACUGAAAAGUACAACAUAGCAGAGUACCGCAAAGAUACUUCAAACGAAAGAACUGAGAUUGAAGGAGCCAAUCAUGUUUGCGAGAGGCGAGAGCAGAACUCAUAUCCAGCUCAAGCUGAAACCUUUGAAGUUUAAGCUGUUGCCUCAAAGCACUUGCUCUGUUGUUGCAGCAGGUUGCUGCGUCUGCUCACAGCCGUAAGCUGACGUGGCAAGGGAUUCCCAGAAGCAUCAGAGACGGUCACAGGAAGGUCCGUGAUAGUCACGACGGUUUUGGAGAGAAGAGUAGAUGAUUCCAAAUGAUGUUUCAUAUAGGCUCUGUAAUGAUGAUUUUAAUUGGAACUGAAACGGAUGAUGUACAUAGCAAAGUCUUGAGAGCUAUGAGAUCAAAAUCUCCCCGUGAUCAGGUUGAAAACAUUAUGUUUUGAAAUAUUACAAACUCCUUCAGUCUUGUAAUUUUCCUGAUUUGUUGGAAAAAUAAAGAUAGUUUUCCUUUUGGUUCUGUUCUUAUAUCAAAAAUUGGUUUUUAUCUUUAUUGGAUCAUCAUACAAUAUAACUCAUAAUACUGAAAGAUGAUUUUCGAUAGGGGACAUUUUUUAAAAAUGCGAGGUUUACGUGGGACGCACGAAACGUUUUUAAAAAUGGAAGAUAAUUUGCAUUUAGGUCAAAGUGUGACGUUUCUAUUUAUAGUAACAAAGAUGAAUUUCUCUUCAGACUAGAUACAAAGUGAUUUCUACUCGAAUUCUUAUCGCCGGUCAGUUGAUUAUAGUUUAGGCCCGUUGGGGCCUACACUGAUAAACGAAAAUAUUGAGCUUCUUAUUCCCUAGAAAGGAAAGAAUCGACGUGGCUUUGUUGGAGCCUGCCUUCAGCCUUUAGCAUUAUCGACUAUAAUUAAUCAGCCCGACAAGGAUCCAAUAAUGUUGGCUAGAGUGUACUACCGGAUAUAACAGCGUAAACGCACCGCACGGACUAGACAAAAAUAAAUCGCUAGCCUAAUGAGUAAGUAAACAUUCAAAGAGAUGCUCGAGCUUUGUGUAGUGCACAACAUGGACGAUAUAAAUGUAAGACAUAACCAUGAAUUAGACCCAAAGAUAUAACUUUAAACCAGAUCCAGUUCCCUUGCUUGUCUAAAAAAGGAAGUUGUACAAUAACCAUUUCAAUAUGUCAAAAGUUUUUAAUAUGUUUCUGGUACUGUGUUUCACUCAUUCGGUUUACAAGAUUCAUUGGAUCAAUAACAAAACGCAGCUCCAACUCUAUCACGGGGGAUGAGUCUUAGUUCAGAUCCAUGCUUCAGGAAUACGUAUCCUGCCAUCAAACAAACAAACACACAUUAGCUUUCCACUUAAGAGAUUGACAAUAAGUGAGCUUAGAAUGAGCUACACAAACAAAUAAAAGUAAAAAAGAAAGAGCACGAGUAAAAGCCAAUUCAAGAACUCAAAAAUGUCACCUGCGCCUGUUGGGGAUUGAUCCCGAUCCCAUCUGCAGACAUGAAUACAGAUACAUCAGCAAUCUUGAGUAUUGUUGACAAGAAUAAAUCACUGUUAGAUCUUUAGGCAAUAGAAAGCUUCAGUUUUUAAACUUUAUAGACAGAGAAGUAGAGUUACAUGCAAUGAUAUAUAUAUAUAUAUGAUCCCAUAUCUAAGAGAAUUCUCCUGAUUACACAAAACAUAUGAACAUGAAACAGACAAAACUUGAAAAGGGAAAUGGUGUUCAUGAGCUUCUCGAAUGUCCGGUUUGCACAAAUCUCAUGUAUCCUCCAAUUAAUCAGGUGUGUGUGCGACUGUUCUACUCUUUCUCCGACACUCAACUUACUUUUGUGUAGUUAACGUUGACAUCUAGGUUUGUUAAUUUUCCCAUAAUGUCCCAAUGGCCACACGUUAUGUUCAAGCUGCAAACAACAAGUGCAGAACACGUGCGCCCUACAUGCCGUUACGAGCUCGGCAACAUAAGAUGCUUGGCUCUCGAGAAGGUUGCGGAAUCGUUGGAGGUUUCAUGCCGGUACGAGCAGCACUGCAGGUUGAGUGUUCAGUGACCGGAGACAUUCCAUCCCUUGUUGAGCAUCUCAAAGACGAUCAUAAAGUCGAUAUGCAUAGUGGUUGCACUUUCAACCACCGUUAAUGUCAAGUCUAAUCCUCAAGAAGUUGAGAAUGCUACAUGGUUUUCUUUUUUUUUUAAUUAAAAACUAGAUAUGAGUUGGUAACUUAUUAAUGGUUUGUGAACCAACAUAUUCAUCCCAAAGAUAAACC